AUGUGGGCCGAAUCGUUGAAGGACGAGAAGGAACCAGCAUGGCAAAAGGCUUAUCUCGACUACAUGUUCCGUCUAUUUGACGCCUCCGGAGAUAAGCUGACUCCUUCCGGUAGCCUGUUCAACGCCAUCGACUACGAUACGUUUGUGAACCUUUGGAAGCAGUAUUUUCAUUCCACUGACACCAACGACGUUGGCAAUUCUCUGCUUGGGACCGUUUGA